AUGCCACCCAAAAUCAUAUUUCUCACAGGAGCACCUACAUAUCACUCACUUGGCUGGGACGAAUCAAAACUUCAGAGUGACUUCACCGAACCUUUCAUCCAAUUUCUCCACCUCCCUCAUCCAUACCCGAACUCUGCACCGCGGAAUAACAAUACGAGCGUCUUGGAAUUUUCCAUCGCUCAAAACGCGGAAUGGCGUGAACUUCCUCUUGAACGAAAACAUCUCACCACGGGAGCGUCUCAAGAUCAUGCUUUUCAACCGCUGUAUGGCGAGGUAGAUGGGGUACUCUCUCAAUUCUACGAACAUUCCUAUGCUAUCCACGAUAUCCCCUCGUCUCAAAUCACCUCCUCGGAUUUUGAUUCUACAUCCUACUCUACAUCCGGAUAUGAUUCUCAAUCUCUAUUCCCACAAUCUGGGAAAAAUACACAAGUGCCGGUGACAGGCUACUUGACAAAUCUAAAGGAUAUGCCACACGCGCAACAUUUAUCUUCGAUAGUCCCGCAAACUAUGACGGUUAAUCUGAUCGUGGGGAUUAUUUCAAUUUCAGAACCGAGAGCAAUAUCUACGAGACAAGGAGGAGAUGUAUCGCUUGUUGAGAUAUUGGUUGGUGACGAAACGAAGAGUGGGUUUUCGAUUAAUUUCUGGUUAUCAGGAAAGGGCAAAGAAGAAGUUCAAGAAGUAUUGGAGAAUCUGAGAGUUCAGGAUAUUGUGUUGAUGAAGAAUGUAGCGUUGGGAAGCUUUAGAGGGAAAGUCCACGGUCAGAGUUUGAGGAAGGAUAUGACGAAGGCUUGGUUGAUGUAUAGGGAAAAGAUUGAUAGGAGUGAUGUAGGAGGAUGUUAUGGGAGGAGAGAUUUGGAGAGGAAGGAGAUAGAUGUACAGUUGGCGAAGGUUAAGCGGGUGAGAGAUUGGGUGGUGGGUUUUGUGGGGGUUGCGACGACGAAUAGACGGGGCGUGAAGAGAGUUAGGGAAGAGUUACCGCCGGAUACUCAAUAA